AUGCUAACUUUUUUAGAAGGGGGUGAUGACGAGAUUUUAUUGUUAAGCCGUUAUCGUGCUGAUGUGUCGGAAGGAAGUCGCGGCAAAUAUCUACGCCUCAUAGAAUCCUCAAAUGUCGUCUAUUGCUUGCAUUUCGAUGCAAUCGGUGAAAUGAAUCUCUGGUUGAGCCGUCUGCUGCAGUGUCAGUUAGCUCCAAGUUGUGAUUUGAGUGACCGUCGUUUGCUGCUGCUCCCGGAUCAAUUGUUUUCAUCGACCGUCAAUCGACAAAUUGUCUCGCUCAAUCUACGUCACAAUUCCUUGCAGUACCGUCCAUCAAAUCAGGUGCUCAGUCCGCUUCUGGGAUGGCUGGAUGAGCUGAACCGCUUGCAGGCACUUCGCUCACUGAACAUAGCUGACAAUUCACUGUAUUAUUUUCCUAACGCGGCUACACAACUUUUCAAUCUUACGGAACUUAUAUUAUCCGGAAAUCGGAUUUCCUGCAUCCCAACACAAAUCUCUGAGCUGACCAAUUUAACAGUGCUGAACGUCAGCAAUAACUGGUUGCAUUCACUGCCGGAACAGUUAUCACAAUGUGCUAUGAUAUCAAAGCUCGACCUAUCGUUCAAUCGUUUUGAUCAGAUUCCAGACGUUUUGUUCACGCUGAAACGACUGCUACAUUUGGAAAUGGCUGGCAAUGAAAUCAGUGUAUCAGCGCUUCAUUCAUUGUCCUGCAUACUUGCUCAGAAUAUUGACUUACGCCGGAAUAUUCUAACACGUGCCGUACGUUUAACGUCAUUUAUUUGUGGUUCGCUUACGGAGCUGGAUGUGCGCGAUAAUGAGAAUUUAUCCGAAUUGGAUUUGAGCAAUUUGCCUACUAUACAAGUAAGUUGUUCGUUUCGUCGUCUUAAAUCUAUUUUUUUUUUUGGAUUUUUUUUGUUAAAUCUCACACAAGCAAUAAUAAUGCCAGUUCCGAUUGAAUUGGUGGUUUUCUCGAUCUCAUUUAAUCGAUUCACUUCAUUGCCGGAAUGGAUAACCGAUUUACCGCACAUCGAAGUGAUCAUCGCUCAUCAUAAUCUCAUUCGAUAUUUGCCUUACAGACUUCGAAAUUUAAAUGUUUCACAUAAUCGACUCAAAAGCUUGCCAGUGGCGAACACAAUGCUCGAUUUGAAUCGGUUACAGUUCCUUCGGGCGGCAAGUAAUCAACUGGAUGAGAGUGUGAUCAGUGUUGUGGUCUCCUGUCGACUUAGUUGUUUUUGUACAUCCCUUUAUACGUUUCUUGUGGAUUUCAGCUGUUUGAGCCGUCUUUUGGCUUUGCAAGAAGUGAAUCUAUCCUGCAAUCGUCUAACCUCCAUCGCUAGUGCAUUUGGUCAGUUACCGAAUCUGCAGGUGUUGCGUGUGCAUUCGAAUGCAAUCACGACAAUGCCGGAUCUUUCGCAGUCGGCGCUUCUAUAUUCGUUGGAUAUUUCGAACAAUGAGUUCGGAUAUUUGGACACCGAUUUGUGCAUGGCCAGGACGCUGAAACAUCUCGAUCUCACAUGUAAUUAUAAGCUACAGGUUGAUACUAGCAAUAUACGGCCAAAAAAGGAGGGACGAGCAGUGUCAGUGGUCGAUGUUGCAAGCGAAUGCAAUUAUGCUUCAUUUCAUUUUGGAUUCUCUGAAACUGCUGGACAACGAAACAAGCUGUGUAUUCGGCAGAUUCGGCCAUGUUCACGUGCGCCCGCUAUUUUUGGCAUCGUUGAUGGUGGCAAAAAUGAUCAAAUAGCUGCACUAACUGUUGAGAAACUCACUGCGUUCCUUCAGAAGCAGGUUAACCAAAAUUUUUUUUAUUUUUUCUGA